GCGUCAUACAACCAGCCAGUCGCCAUCCACUCUUUGCGCCUUACCACGCGCAAUUGUGUCUACCCCAGAUUGUGCAUACAUCUCGUCAUUCUUUAACAACUGCCCAAUUUCUCCUUGACCCUCUGUCUGGUCUGCCAUGAGUUUUUGCCUUGUACAAUAGUUUUCCCCUAUCUCAAAAGUUUUCAAUGCCACUUCCCAGGCUCCGCACAGCUCCCAUUCGGCGCAUACACAACUACCCCAGCCCACGACGGAGGCAAUUCCACACUACGCCCUGUCUGCAGGAUGCGGCUCGUCCCUCCCAAGAUGAAAUCGCACGUGCUCGAGCAUACUGCGCAAACCUAGUCAGAACAUACGAUGCACCCUCGCAUAUCCUCCAAACCUUCAUACCACAAUCCUCCCGAGAUGCCUACCUCGCUAUCCGCGCCUUCAACGUCGAUGUCGCUCGCGUCGCCGAUACCACCAGUACACCCACAAUUGGCAUGAUGCGCAUGCAGUUCUGGAGAGAUACUGUUACCAAGGCAUUAGCUGGCACGCCGCCGAAAGAGCCAGUUGCCAUUCUCUUAGCACAAGCGGCUGAGGAUUUACACGAGCGAUCUGAUGGAAAGGCACGGCUAAGCAAGAACUGGUUCCACCGCAUCAUCAAUACAAGGGAACAGUAUCUAGGCAACCCACCAUACCCCACUUUGACCGCACUGGAGAGCUACGCGGAGAACACGUACUCAACAAUGCUAUAUCUGACGUUGUCGGCACUCCCUCAAGCUUCCCUUACCACAGACCACAUCGCAUCGCACAUCGGCAAGGCCAUGGGUAUCGCCGCUGUACUACGCGGCAUCCCACUCAUCGCCUUCCCUCCACAACAGCCACUAGGUACAAGCAACUCCAUGACAGGCCAAUCUGGCCCAACCCAAGGCGCCGUACUUCUUCCCCUCGAUGUAAUGGCUGAAGCCAACGUCCGCGAAGAAGACGUCUUCCGACAAGGCGCAUCUGCUCCCGGUCUGCGCGACGCCAUCUUCACAGUUGCAACACGCGCAAACGAUCAUCUCAUCACUGCGCGCGAGAUGCUUUCGAAACUACGAUCAGAGGGUACACUUGGCCAUGACUUUGAACACCAGAAUGAGGAGGAUCAUCAGUAUAGUGUGCAGCAGAUGAACACAGGGCAGGAGGCGCAAUUGGCGGAGGUGGAACAAGCCUUUGGGGUUUUUAUGCCGAGUAUCGCGACGCAGAGUUGGUUGGAUAGGUUACAGGGCGUAGACUUUGAUGUCUUCGAUGCGAGUCUCAGAAAGGUGGAUUGGAAGUUGCCCAUGAAGGCUUAUUGGGCGUAUAGUCGACGGAAGAUAUGAUCUUCAAAAAGAAAUGGGAUAGUAAAACAUGGGACUCUCAAAGCCGCAAUGUUUUGGAACGGCUUUGGAUACUAUUGCCAGGGUAUCUGGCAGCGAGGUCAGGAAGAACUGACGAAUAAGACCAUAAAGGGUAUGUGUGAUAAAUCCUUAAAUCUCGGGCCUCGAGUUCAUGCUAUGCUCAGUACGUUCUUUUAUGA